UUGAGUCCAGCCGUUGAGACACAACCACACGAUGACACUCGAGCCCCCAACCGCCGAACAGCGAGGCGAGGAAAUCCUCAAUGUCUUUGCCACUGCAUUUGGUGAGCUCCUCGUCGCAGACCCGGCUGCAUUUCAGGUGAAAUUCCGGAAGAUGGCUGCCUCAGCCUUCGCCUUCUACCGCGGCUCGGCAUGUCUGUUCUACCACGACCUCGAGCUGCAGCAGAAGGACGAUUCAUUUCUGAACAGCGAGUCCGGCCGGAUCUGGAUCCAUGGUGAUCUACACGCGGAGAACUUUGGCACCUACAUGGACUCUCAGGGCAGACUGAUAUUCAAUGUCAAUGACUUUGACGAAGCUUACGUUGGCCCGUUCACUUGGGAUGUCAAGCGUUUCGUGGCUUCUAUCGCCUUGAUCGGGUACGCAAAGGCCCUCAGUGACAAGCAGAUCACCCGGCUGGUUCGGGCAUAUGCUGCUGCGUACCGGGAGCGUAUUCAUACUCUAGCCACCAGCGAGAACCAAGACCAAGUUCCUCGGUUUACUCUAGAAACUGCAAAGGGCCCGCUGCUUGAUGCGCUCCGCGAUGCGCGUAUGGAAACACGUGUCGGCUUGCUAGACACAAUGACGGAGAUCCACGAGUAUGAACGCCGGUUCACACCUGGAGGCGGUGCAGUUGAGCUCGAUGAGGCAACACGCGAGAAGGUCGUCACGGCAUUCAACAACUACCUCCAAACCCUGCCCGAGCCAAAAACGCAAACCGGCGCCUACCGGGUUAAGGACGUCGUGGGACGCCGUGGCGUAGGGAUCGGAUCGGCUGGUCUCCCUUCCUACAACAUCCUACUGGAGGGAAAGAGCGAGGCCAUUGAGAACGACGUGGUCAUCUACAUGAAACAGUCUACCGCUGCAGCUGUGUCCCGGCAUGUCACGAACUCCGCUGCGGCCAGCUACUUCCUCCACGAAGGACACCGCACCGUGAUCUCCCAACGGGCCUUGCAAGCGCACGCGGACCCCUGGCUCGGCUGGACCGAGAUCGACGGCGUCGGCCAGCUCGUCGCAGAGGUAUCUCCGUACGCUGUCGACCUGGAUUGGUCCGAUAUCAACGACGUGGAGGAAAUGGCCACCGUCGUGGCAGAUCUGGGGAGAGCCACGGCAAUGAUGCAUGGAGCAGGGGACAACGAUAGCGGACACUCGGAGCUGGUGCCUUUCUCCCCCGAACAGGCUAUUGACGCUGCAAUUGCGGCUGAUGAGGAUGGAUUCAUGGAUGCUCUGGAGGAGUUUGCUCAUCGGUACAGCGCCCAGGCUCGUCUUGAUCACCAGCUCUUCGUGGAUCUGUUUCGGAACGGCCGCAUUCCUGGUCUGGCGGUUGACGGCGAAGCAUGAUCAUUUGUAGAUAGGUCAUCGGCAGAUUCUUGGUUGGCGACAUGAAUCAGAGAGUAAAAUCAAUGUACUAUCGCCUGCUGUAUCUGGGAUAAACUUUUGCUAUUGACUCACCCAUUCUCGUGGUGAGUAUUGCAUUUCUUUCAAUCUACCUGGCUGCAAGAUUAACGCAAUCGCAUCCUGGGUUUGGAUCUCAAAUUGACGGGCACUGGCCAAGAAACAAGCGUGACUUACCGGGCAUGAGCUAGAGAAUCUGUAGAAAAUUGGAUGUUAAAAGAAUAUUAUAGCUAGUUGCAACGAUAGUUUAACGUUAUGCAGAG